GUACUCCCAGCUCCGCGCAGUGGAGAAGGGUUUGAAUCCGGAGGAGGACGAGGGCCUGAAGCGGCGCUCGGUGGCAGACAGGAUCUUCUCCAUGCAGGCCAAGAUCGAGGAGGAGAAACACUCGGCGGCCAUUACACCAAGGUCAAGGUCAGGAAUCUCCACACCCAAGUCCAAGCCAAGGUCUGGUUUGGCCACGCCGACACAGAGGUCAGUGGAAGAGGUGACCCCACAAAGGUCACCUAAUUUCCCGCUGUCCCCUUCCAGAACUUUGUCUAGCAGCAGCAACGGCUCAAGUGCUCCAGUAACAGCUGGGGUCAACAACAGUAGCAACGGCAACAGCAAUAACGGCGGUGUCCCCAUGGGCCAGAGGUCCGAGCAGGACUCCAGUGCUGUGUCUGGCCCUCAGCUAAUGGAGAGACUGACCAAGAUCGCAGACUCUAGCGACGCCUACCAGGCCAGGAGACACCGGUUCCAAGGCAGACACCAGAAGGAGGAUUGGCGCCAUCUGACGCAGCCUGUGACGUAUGAGGAGAUCCAGGCAGCCGACAACUUGGAGACAGUGAACGCCUUCAGAGCGUUGGUUCGCAAGCAAACGUCAAUCAACGCUUUCGAUCAGCUAAAAGCCCAGACCUCUGACGAGGGCAAAAAGCCACAACAACAACAACAACCACUGCAGCAAGGGGCGGGAAAGAAGGCGGAGUUUCCCCAGCACUUGGCCCCGCCCCCAAAGCGCCAGAAGCGAGGGCGCAUGAUGCGUCACCGGACGCUUCCGGUCACGGCAGAAGAGCUGAACGCCGUGCCAGAGAAUCAGGAACUGGCCCUAGACCCGGCCUGGACCAAGGUACAUCAACCGAAAGAAACGAGAGCGGUCCCAGACCAUGCCGAUCACCGAAGAAGAGGUCAAAACAGCGUCUGAGAUGGAGGCAGCGGCCACCACGGCCACCGGAAACCAGACAGUCCGUGUGGGGCCGGUACCGGAAAUCGUCAAUAGGUCAAGGUCGAACAGCAUUGCGGAGGAAGGAGAGAAGGAGGCAUUGGAUGAUGAGCUGACCAAAUUGACGUUAUCAGAGAAAGUCAAGUUGUUCUCUCAACCGAAAAAGGCAGAAAAACCUGCCAAGGUGGAAGCUCCGGCCCCUCGGCGACGGAACCGGAAACACACCUCCAGAUUUAAUACGCAGCCUGUAACAUCAGAGGAAGUAGAAAAGGCGGCAGCCUUCUCGCGCAUUUCGCCGCUGGCGAUGAGCAUGGUAAAGCCGCCUGACCCAGAGAUGCUGAAGGGCCUCCCUUUGAAAGACCAGCGAGAGCUGAUGGCGCAGCAUGCAGAGGCUUGUCUCUCCCAGGCUUCCUCAAGGUCGCAGUCAAGGUCAGGGUCAGUGACGUCACUUUCUCAGCCUCCCUCCCGCCGCGCCUCCAUCUCCGGGGAGAACGCCGAGGGGAAGGACAAGGAGCUGGAUGAGGAGGACAAGAAGAGUAUCUUGAAGGACAAAAGCGCGUCCACCAAAGACCUUCAUGACGUCAGAAGCAUUUUGAAAAACGAGCCCUCCAAAGCUCGCUCAGAGCCGGAAGUCCACAGCAUCCUCAAGCCGAGCGGGGAUUCACCUGAACUUGCCCCAGACACCACAUCUGGCAGCAGCGCCAGCAACAACAGCAUCAGCGCCAGCACCACCAGCAGCAGCAGUAGCAGCAGCUCCGCCCCCAAAGGUAUCUUGAAGAAAACGAAGUCAGAAGACCUUCCCAUCUCUGAAAACGCCUCGGGAGACGUGAGAAGUAUCCUCAAGCACACGGACAGCGAGGAGGAAGAGUUAACUCAGCUAGGAAAACCGAGGUCGAGGUCCAACUCGCAGCCACACGGCAUUUUGAAGCGAGAUGGUUCGCCGUUGCCUCCCGCGGGCAGCCUUGAACUCGGGUCGGAGAUCAAGAGCAUCCUGAAGGCUCCUUCUCAAGAGAAUGUCUCGGACGGCUCCACUUUGACGGUGAAGAGCGCCAUGAGGCGCAAUAGCGUGGAUUCGGACUCGUCCACAUCAAGCGCAGGGGUGCUCAAGUCGGCGCUCAAGAAUCGUAGCAAGAACAACUCGGAGUGCGAGGACUCUGCCACAGCGAUAACUACAGCAACAUCGGCAACCACUGAAGCUUCUGCUGCCUCUGAGCUCACGCCGCGAAAGGAACGAGAUGAUGAUGAUGAUGACAACUCCACCACUAGCGGUGUCGUCGUCGAAACCACAACCACGACCACGGAAGUCGUAUCCGUGGUCCAGACAGAGAACAACAACAACAACAACAACAACAACAACAACUCGUGCGUGAACGUGAGCAGGCAGACGGUGACCUCCAGCACCACGACGUGCGACCAGCUGGAGACGACCACCCGUGGCGCCACCAGUCACUCUAUGGGCGGGGCUGAGGCCUCUGGACAGGAUACCCUGAAGGUGCCGGACGCCGGAGACGACAAGUCAGGAGCGAGCGCCUCCGAGGGAGAGAGCAGCAGUGGCGAGAUCCUGGACGGCACCCCGCGUAGCACCAGGCUCAAGAGGAGGUCGAGGUUUUCGGAUAAGAACAAAGCUAGCGAAAGAUACAAGACUCAACCUCCCGAAAUCUCAGAGGUGGUAGCCGGAGAUCAGUCAGCGAAGAGAAAGUUCAAAUAUGAGGGACGACACAAGACUCAACCGAUCACACCCACAGAGAUGAAAGAGGCAGAGGCCACUACUACACCAUCCACCAAUCUCACACGCACUCCAGGGGGCUCCAUAGCUGACCGCCUCAAUCAGCUGAAAACAAGUGGUGAAGAGGAGUGGAGAAAGCGAGUUCGCAAAGAUGACCCGGCACCGAUGCCUGAUGCUGUUGUCAAGCUCAGAGAAAAGCCCGGAUCUGCAGCCAAUCGUCCGUCCAGCAUCGCAGAUCGCCUCAGUGAGCUGGAGGUAUCCAAGAUGACGUGGAAGGACCGGGUGGAGGAGACCGAUGUGAAGCAGUUUACAGUGGCUGGCAAACUCUCAAACAAUGCAACAGAGAGUCCUCUGGUCAACAAGCUCAGAAGUCGACCGAAAAAAGAAGGUGACCCCAGUUCCAAGGAGACUACCCCUGUAACGUCCCCCGUGACCCCUACUAAAGAGUUUAUUUCGAAGAUCCCCAUCCCGACUGAGAUCAUCUCAGAUCCCACGGUCGUGAUACAGACUGAGAGCACGAAGGUCACAAUGGUCAAAAAGGUCACCCGAGGCGUGGCUGGUGGCGGGGAUGAAGAGGAGAAGAAGGAGGCGGUGAAGGUGGAGGUUCCACUCAUUGGAGAGGAGCUGGACACCUUCUUUGCUGUCAAGUCUAUCGACGAAAUCAAAGACAAAGUCGACAUGGAAAUUGACGACUUCAACAACAUCUUUGUGGAAUCUGAGGAAAUAUUGUCGACGGUGCGCAAGGUACGACCGUCUCGUCGGAAAAAGGCAAGCAGCAUCAACCCUCUGAAGACCCUGUCCAAGAAGGUGGAGAUUCAGACGGAGUACACCCAGGUCACACGCGGCGUUGCCGAGAAGGAGUUCAAACGCAUGAAGAAGGAAAAAUUGUCCAAAGAUGCAGGUUUUGCUCAGGAGGCCCUGGCAGGUCUGGCAAGUAAAGAAAACUUCAAGCAGGUCGAGCUCCGGCGUAGUGACUCCGGGUCGUCUGUUCACGGGCAACGGCUUGACCCGUUCAAUGAGGUCAUGCUGUUACAUGUCAAAGGUCGACGCAUGGUGCAGACUCGGUUAGUCGAGCCACACACAAGGUCACUCAACGGAGGUGACUGCUUCAUUUUGGUCACAAUGGACAAAAUUAUCCUGUGGGAGGGUCAGUUCGCCAACGUCAUUGAAAAGGCAAAGGCGGCUGAUCUGGCCAGCUACAUCCUCCAGAAACGAGACAUGGGCUGUAAGAAGGCCACAGAGGUGAGCACCGUGCUACAGGCCAAGGACCACCUCGGGGCGGGCAAACUGUUCUACCAGGCUCUCGAGGGGGACAAGCAGUGUCAAGCAUGUGGCCCUGAUGCGGAGGAUGAGUUGUACGAGAACAGCGUGGUUCGCUCCAACAUGGUGUACAGGCUGGAGGGCAACGCUCUCAAACCCUACACUGAGUACUGGGGAGCAGUUCCUCGACACGAGAUGCUCAAGAGAAAUGAGGUGAUUGUGUUCGACUUCGGCACCGAGUUCUACGUAUGGCAGGGCAAACAGGUCACCAUGGAGCAGAGGAAGUUGGGCCUGAAACUGGCGCGGAAACUCUACGACAAGGGCUACGACUACACAGAGAGUGCCAUCAACCCCUUCUCUCCUCUACGUACUGAAGAGGAUGGUGGUGUCCCCCUAAAGGCAGCAGUAAGGCCCAAGUGGUCAGUGUUUGGCAAAGUCAACCAGAACAUGGAGACGGUAGUGUUCCGGGAGAAGUUUGCUGACUGGCCCGACUCCUCUCGGAUCAUCGGCUGUCGAGGGCAUGCUUCAGCAUCUGAAGCUGCCAGUAAAGACCUCCUGGAGCUGAAACCGUUUGACGCGUCCCAGAUGAUCCCUCUGAGCACGGCGCCGGUCACUCUCAAACUGGAGGGAGACAACCUUGGACGAGGCCUCAAGUGGACAGAAGACAUGCAAGGCUUCAUCAAGCAGAAGGACAUCAUCACGCUGGACGUGGCUGUGUGGCACGUCUUGGAAUACGACCACUCCAAGAUGCCUCGCUCCAGUCACGGUCAGUUUCACGACGGGGACACGUACGUGGUCCGGUGGCAGUACAUGAUUGCUAAUGCCAAUCUGCGCAGCUUGAAGGGCAGUGCAGCCAGGAAUUCUCUAACGGGCCGAGAGAGGUGUGCGUAUUUCUUCUGGCAAGGAAACAAUUCCACCAUCAACGAAAAAGGUGCAUCAGCUCUGAUGACUGUGGAAUUGGACGAAGAGAGGGGGCCGCAGGUUCGAGUGUUGGAGGGCAAAGAACCUCCCUGUUUUCUCAACCUGUUUGAGGGCAAGAUGGUGCUGCACAUCGGGAAGAGAGAGGAGCCGUCCACCAACACUCAGGGGCCCUGGAGGUUGUACUGCCUCAGGGGAGACUACGAGAACGAGGUCUAUCUGCUAGAGAUCCCUGUGUGCUUAGAGCAUCUACGCAGUCGUUCAUCUCUGGUGCUGAUCAACGUGAAGACAGGGAUGGUGUACAUCUGGCAUGGUGCAAAAUCUCCGUCCCAUGUUCGUCAAGUGUGUCGCAAAACCGUGGAUAGGAUAGCAGAACAUCGUCCCCCAGAGCUAGGUUUUCAUGAUGAUGCCACUGUGUUGAUAACUGAAAUGGAUGAAGGAGAGGAAAAACCUGAGGUUUGGGUAGCCCUUGAUGGAAGGGACCGAAAGCUGUACCAUUCAUUGCUCACUGACCCAUUGCCAUACCGAGACACGUUACGCCUGUUUCACAUGUCCAGUGUGAACCUAGUGUUUGAGGUUCAUGAACAACUGAACCCAGCGCGCGUGCCAGAUCUGGUCACACCAUUCCCCUUCCUCCAGUCCGACUUAUACAAGACCUCACAACCUGCUCUGUACCUGGUGGACAACCAUCACGAGGUGUACCUGUGGCAGGGCUGGUGGCCGGUGGGUUCGCACGAGGACGAGAACGUCCACACUGGCAGCGCCACAGCUCGCUUCAACAUGGAUCGCCGCUGUGCCAUGGAGACCACACUGCACUACUGCAAAGAGAAGAAUCCUUCUGACCCACCCAAAGCCUUCUUGGUUUGUGCUGGAUUGGAACCCAAGUGCUUCACUUCUCUGUUCCCUUACUGGCAUGUGGAUACUAUUGUGAGAGACAUUGCGUUAGAGGAGGGUCGGGAAGAGAGCUACAAGGAGAGCGUGGAGACGGUGUUGCACCGAUUAACCCAGACACGCUACACGCUGGCCGAGCUACAGGAACGACCUCUGCCCGACGGUGUAGAUCCUCUCAAGCUGGAGGCUUAUCUCCACGACGAGGAGUUUGAAGAAAUCCUUGAGAUGAACAGAGAAGAGUUCUACUCACAACCUUCCUGGAAGCAGAAACAGAUGAAGAUACAAAUGGGUCUCUUCUAGAGACGUGGGCCUUGUCUUCCUCUUCUGGCUGCUGGUGUCAGGUCUCGAACCUGCUCCCUGUACCUUGGUGCCUUGCAAGAGUUCAGUGCCAAAAAUAUCAGCUCUGGAGCUGCUUUCUACACAGGAACAGGCAUCUUGCAGGGUUGUGAGAGUGUAGCAGAGCUGUUGUUAGCCUGAAUAUGCUCGGGUUUCCUCAUGUGUUUUCUCUGAGAGCUUGGACUAGCUGCCAUUGUUGGAGAGUAUGGUCACAAUCUACCUAGUCUUAACAGCCGUAAGCAACAAAUAAAUUUAAUGUGGUCAUACAAUUGCUCAGGGAUGAGAUAAUCCCGUGGCAGAUAUCCAUCAGUGUCACACCUAGAAACAGCAGCUGUAACUACUAUCCCUGAGUGCUGUCUUUCAGUGCUGAAACAAGUACUUGCACUGAACCCCAGAGCUUUUGCAACGGCGUAAUGUAAAUGUUCGUAGAGCUCCGAGUCAGUCAACAUUGGAAUUUUCAUCUGACCUAUCCUAACAGAGAUUUUUUGAGGGGAAAGUCCAGUAAAAAUGUUAUUGUAUUGUAUCGGGCAAGGCAACAAAAAUAUACAGAAGUGCUUUUUAACCUCCCCUUGUGUGAAUAAGCAAAAGUUCUCUCCUCUCGCCAUCUUGUUAACUUUUUACAAAAAUUCAAAAUUUGGUAAAUUAAUAAACGGUAUAAUGCAAGCUGUUGAAUAGUAACAAUUAAAUAACCCAACAGAAAUCUCUGCAAAAGAAUCUUGAGUUAUUAAAAAUGAGAUGUUUUAAUGUUUUGGAGGCUGUUAAGACUAUGCAGAAACAAAAAAGUAGUGAUGGGUACAUGGUUAUGAAGAGAAAGAGAGUACUCUCAUAACAAAUGGUUGAUGAUUCUCUUUUUGAGAAUCGGCCUGAUUGAAGUAUAUUGUUCUCAAAUCUCUUGUGGCAUUACUCUGAGUCUUUCCAGGGCAGUUUAUUUCUUGCUCCUCCAGAAGGCAGCUGGCUUGCCUUUUCUGUCGGAAUACUUAUUCUUCCGCCUUCCUCUCCCCCCCACCCAUUUUUUAUUGGGACACUGAGAGAAGGUCAAGGGCGCUUGGGAAUGUCUGCCAGUAUCAGCAUGCCACUCUGCGCUGUGAUCUCAUGCAUGCAGCUCUUAUUUCCUCUUCGGCAUCAUCACCAUUGUCGACUUCUCGCUCGGUCAUCUUCAACGUCAGUACCAUAACGCACCUUUUCGUUGUCCUCAUCAUCACGAUAAUUGUCAUCGUCAUCCCUUGCCAUAACGACUGGCAGCCUCUACCGCAGCAAGACCAAGAACAGGACAGUGUCAGCCUUACAGCCAUCGGUGCACCCGAGGGGCUGCUGUUUGCUCCUUGUUUGCGCGGUGGAACUUUGUGCGGUGUGGUGGGGCAGUCCUCGAAGGGGGUCACUGUCAUCUAAACCAGGACUGAGUGCUAAACGAUUGUGGUGUGCUAGUGUCAAGUGUUUGUGAUGCGCUGGUGUUAAACGUCCAUGAUGCACUAGUAGUGUUAAACCGCUAGUGAUGUGCUAUGAAAAGUAUUUCUUUUGUAUUUUUUUAACAAUACUCUUACACUCGGAAUCUUAGACAUAACUCAAUGCAGCAUGUCUAUGUGCAGUUAAUCUUUUUGUUACUCUAUGUCUGUGCAAAUUCUGUGCAGAGUAGGCAACAGUAUGUGAAACUGAGGAGAGUUUUCUUUUGAACAAUGUCAGUGUGUUGAUAUGGCUUACGUAAAUUUUAGAUGUUCUGAAAGACAAAAGGGCCUCCUGAAAACUACUAGGUGCUGGAAAUUCCUCAGUAGAAUUUAAUGGGAAACGGUGGAUUGAUUUCUUUAAAAAAUAAAAAUAUAGAAAUUGCUUUGGAAGAAAUGCUAGAGUAUAUUUGCUUAAUGUUUUGGGUAAAAAUGAACUCUUAUUGAGAUGGCCUUAACUGCUGUAAAUGUGGCUGUGUUUUUCCUAUCUUCCCCAUGGCAGUAGCCCUGAUUUGCCUUGUACAUAGACUCUUGUUGACUCAAUGCUCUCCGUGUGAAAUCCUUACCUGCUCACUGUCUAAGGGGGUGAUUUUUAAUUGUUGCAGCAUGGUUGUUGCCCAUUUCGCAGCAGGUGACUGGGCUGUGAGAUGAAGAUAUAUCGGUAGAUGUGGAGUAUUUGAAAUGAGUGUUUGCAAUGAAUAUUUCUUUGCCUUCUUUUUUUUAAAAUAAAGUUUUGAAUGGAUCAUGUGCUUUGUCCCUUAAAGUGAUUCUCACUUUGAAAUUAUUUUUUAUAUAAUAUUUUCAAAAAGUUUAGAAUAUAUUAGAAUAUAUUCACAGAAAAUGUUUGUGGUUGAUUAUUCUUUCCCAGCAGGUUUGAUUUCUACUAAUAAUAUAAUAAUGAGGAUUACACUUACUAUAAACAUGCUUUUCGAGAUGGGUCUAUCUAUUUACAUGUAUGUGCUUAGCUUUAGAUAGUAUUCAAGUUGCUAGCAUAUCUCUGUUCCUGCUUUUUGUUUUAUUUUUUUAUGCUUAUUUCCUGAAGUCAAAUAGAUUUAUGUUGUCAGUGUGAGAAAUUAGAAAACGGUGCAAAAACGAUAAUCACAUUCAAAUUAACAAUGCUCAUGCAAGCAAGCUGAGAUCUCUACACCCUCAUCUCUCUCUCUCUCGGAGUAGCCAGAGUAUUUUCUAUGAAACUUUUUUAUGCUAAAUGCUAUCAGAGUUUAGGUCAUAGCUAUGUCCUUUUUUUAGUGCAAAACAAUGGUGGAAAAAAAAAAUCAGUUUUACUCUCGAAAUCAACUCUUUACUGACUGAACAAAAAUCUACAAGUGCAAGAAAGUUUUCCAAAAUGGAGGGAAAUCACUGGUUAAGUGGUAAAGCUUUUCCAGUUUGUAAAUGUAGCUGUUUUGUAGCAAUAUUUAUAGUUGAAUCUGAGAAGAACACUGGAGGUGUGGUAGAAAGUCGCAACUAAAGUGCUUAUGUUCAUGGUUGUGAAGGGUUUACAAUUUGGUUUGCAGCUAGUUUUUUCUGAUUUCCUACCAGGUUUACCUGUUUUGAUUGUGGCAUUUCCUAUCGAUGGAUUUGGUGCUCUCUUGUUGGUCACCUUAACUUUUCCCGAAUGACAAGUUUAUUCAACGUACAUAGUGGUCACAAAAACUACAUAGAGGAUUCGGUGUUUUUCUACUCAAGAUUCCAAGCAAUUCUUGUCUUAACUGUUUACAGAUACAUUUGUUAUAGACUUUGUCCUGGGAUAAGCUUUUGACUCUCCUUUCCAUUGUGUGUCAGUGAAAUAGUCUAGAAUAAAACCGCUUCUUAAAAUUAGUGAUAACAACUGUGAGACUACAAAUUUUUACUUUCCACUUUUCAAAAUUGUUAACAUUCUUUGAAAAAAUAAGUUCCUAAAAAAGCUGUCUUUCUUUGUAUAUGUAGGGUUGAGAGUAUCCAUUUAUUGUUUGUGUGUCUGCUUUAUUUGCUCCUUUUUAAUGAACCCUUGGAUUCGGUGUUCUGAUAUCGACGGACUGACACUCCAGUGUCUGCUAAGUCUCGCGACUGUCUCUUUUUCCAGAAAGAGUACUUUUGGCUAAUUUUUUCUUUAUUGAACCCACUCGGGUCUUUCCUCACCCCCCCUCCCCCCCCCAACUUUUUGCUGGUUGCGUUUGCAAAACAGUUUCCUGCUUGUACUUCAAGUUUAACUUCUAUUUGAAGUUUCGAUAAUAAGUACUUAAAAUUAUGCAUAAAUUGUAACUUUGAUGAUGGAUAGUGUGGGGUGUGUCAAUAGUAGCUAGCGUUGGGAGAGCCAUGUCUUUUAAUACAAACUUAAAAGUGUUAUAUUGUAUUGUCAUUUGAGUAGAUUUAAUUUUGCACGUACAGUCACAACGAUAUAUCUGAGGAAUAUAUUAACAUAUUAAAUGCUCCCUUUUAUUUCUUGUUUCUUAUCAUGAGCAUAAUCAUUUCAUGUCAAGUUUUACAACUGCAAACUGUGUUGCCAACUGCUAUGAUAUAUCUGGAACUUUGUGAAAAUUAUCUGUGCAUAUUGUCUUCCAGUUGUCUUACAGUGAUGAAAAGGGUGCAAAACCCCAAUUGUACCAUACUGUAUGCCCCUGUUUAGCCAUUUAACAAAGUUUGUUAUCAAAGUUUUGUACAAGUAUUGUUUUGAGGGUUAUUUGAAUUUGUUAAUGGAGAAUUCUGCAAGGAGUUUGGAAAAUCAUCUCCUGACACAAUGGAUUAUACCUCAAGAUAUUGAUGGUGAAACAAAAGUACUUACCUAUUUUUAAAAGAAACUGAAUUUGAAUGUUUCUUUUUUUGUGUGUGUGUCUGUGUACGAAGUCCUGUCAUAAUUUGGAAACAGAUGACCAGUCUGGGGAUUUUUUUCGAAGAUCGUCUUUGACACAUUAGUCAGGAGGUGAAAAGAAAAUUAGCAAUGACAGUCCAUUGUUUAGAUCGAAUUCGAGGAAGGCCUUGUAAGUGCUCUGUUGGCGCUUUUCCAAUGAUUUUCUAUCCCCCGUGUUCAUGUACUUCUCAGAAAAUUACCAUUACUACAUAAACGCAUUCUAUCCCUCUAAAUUUAGUCUGCCAAAGUUUUGACACUAUCACAUGCCUUUUUUUUUUUCUCAUUGCUAGCCUUUACCUGGAGUAUUUGUACAUGAUAUAGAAUAAGAGUCACCCCUUUUCGUAGUUUGAUUUUGCUUGUUAUGUUUUCCGUGAGAUUAUGGUAGCCACUGCUUGAUAGCAUUUUUAGUAGCAGCAAAGUGUGACCCUGAAUGAAACCAUUACAACAUUCUGUUACAUUGAGCCCAUAUUCUCUACCAUUCCAUUUCUGUUGUCCCUUAGCUGACAUCCAGUUUCUCUCCCCCCCCAGUUUGUCCAUAUUUGAAGAAUAUUGAUGAAUCAUUGCGCAUUUACACGUGCUCACCUUUGUACAUAUAUAUAUUGCAAAUAAAUAAGCAUUUGUUUAAUUUGUAUUAAAUGUUGUUUGUUUGCUUGUUUGUUUGUUUGUUUAUGUGGGUGUGUGAUUCAAACAUGAGCGAUAUUCUUAUUGGUUUGAACUUUGAACCUAAAUUUCCCCCGUUUCAACCUGUUCCCUUUUUCACCUGUGAUACUUUCAAAUACUAAUAGUACUAAUAAAUUGUGUAUCAAUUAUAUACAGUAAAAGAUUAUGGAGCCUACAGAAUGUAAAUAUCAAUCAUAGCAUAUAUAUAAUAUGCUUCAGCUUGCAUGCAAGGGAAAAGGAUGGAGCUUUUGAAAAUUCUGAAACCUUUGCUCUGUAGCUUUUGCCAUAUUCUUGAGAUUUACAAACUAAUAUGGACAUUACGCAACAUUGAAGUAAAAACAGAGCUAUUCGUGUAGAUUUCUCCUUGGUGUCUACUGUAAUGCCCUGGAAAAAAUUUGAAACUGUUUUCUCAAACCUAAUUGCUAAAUAUAAAAAAGAGUGGCUAUAAAAUACUUUUACAUUAUUUUUAAUUGUUCUACUCUUUUUCUAAUUACAGUCCUGUGUGGAAACACUAAUGCUCUUUGCUUACUCCCGAUAAUAUCACUCGCCCCCUCAUUUAAAAAAAUGUUUGAUGAGUAAAUUAAUGACUUGAAGGAGCCCAGAUUCAUCAUGCACGUAAAAGAUGUGAGUUUAAUUUUCAGAUGGGGACUUCAUUGAAUAUCUCUUUCUUCUAGAAUCUAGAAACCCUCACAUCCUGGGUUGGUCCUAACAAGUACACUUGAAGUAGUUGAUCUAAUUUGUGUUGAUGAGGCGUAAAACAUUCAAUACCUCUAUAAAGAGCCGAGGCAUCUUCUUGUCGUUAAAUCCACCUCAAGGCGAGUGACUUUGAACUCAAGGCAGUUAUGCUCCAGGGCCACAACAGAUGUGCAAACUGCACCGGGAUGUAAAGAUAGUACAUGGAAAUUUCCCAUAACCCAGUUUUUUAGAUGUUUCACACACACGAUCCAUGAUCCUCUUCCCCUCGUCUCCCCCCUAGCCCCCACCCCCCCACCCCCCUUCUGAAAAGGCUACAAUCUUGAUGGUUGAAAUAAUACUUACAUGAGAAACAAAAGUGCAGGUUCCACCCUCUUUACUUUGCUUUUUGUUUUGCUCCACUCGCUCGUCGCACCGAUGUAUAUAUAGAUAUAUCAAAGAUCGUACAUAACAAGAUACUUCACUCCUCUCUUUGAGCCAAUUUAAAAAAUGUCCUCAAAAUCCGGUGAGGCCCUCUUCUAAAAAGUGUGGACUAUGCGAACAGAGUUACCCUACUUGUGUGAAAAACAAUAAAAGUGAAACUAACAAACUGUGCUAUUCCUAUUCUUCCUCUGGAGAAAUGAAAGAGAGCUUCAAAACGAAGACUGCAGCGACACCUGAACCAAUGCGCGGACUUCCGUGGAUGCUUUUUUGGCUGAGAGAACUAUCUUGUUAUGUACGAUCUUUGAAUAUAUACACUUGCAGGGAUUACAGAUGUCUUUGCUGUGGUCACAGGUACACAAUUGUAACACACAAGAGGUACGUUUACAUUAAUGUUUAGUGAGUGAGUGGCGUCGGUCAUCCCAUGAAAAGCGACUCGAGGAAUUUGCAGCAGCGCACUGCAUGCUCACUCACACUCACAUCCAUACUUAUUCAUGCGCACAUCACAUUUACCUUUAUACAUUUUUUUUGGUCGCCUUAUGCCUUCCAGCCUUUGUAUACUUGAAUAAAAAAAAGAAAAAUGGAGCUUCAAAGCUUCAUUUUUUUUGCUUAAGAAAUCUG